UCAGCUCACUGUUCCAUCCCACAGCGUUUUUUUUUUAACAGCACAACUUUUUCUCUGGAACAUGUUUGAUGCCCUUUCCUUAUUCGGGAGGUCCUUCGUUAUUCUGAGGGCAUUAUAAGAAGUAGGCUUGCCUUGAUUUCCUUAGUUUGUUUCUCUGUUGAAGCUGAGAGCUACCCCUGAACGGAAUGGACCACCCUGUGGAUGAUGCCCCCCUGGCCAGAGGGAGCCUGGCAGGCAGUGAGGAGGCCCUCGUUGCCCGUGCUGGACCCAGAGGUGGCUCCAACAGUCGUGCUCUGAAGAUAGCCGCCCUGACCACGUUGGCAUGCCUGCUGCUGGCCAGCCAGGUCUUCACUGCUUACAUGGUUUUUGAUCAGAAGCAGCAGAUCCACACACUCCAGAGGAGCUCUGAAAGAAUGGGCAAACAGAUGGCACGCUCAUCCCAUGCCAUGUCCCCAGUGAAGAUGGCCCUGCCCAUGAACACCCUGCCUCUGAUGACGGACUUUACUGAUGAGGACUCCAAGAAAUCAGAGACUCCCUUGACCAAACUGCAGGACAUUGCUGUUGUGAGUGUGGAGAAGCAGCUGAUGGAUCUCAUGCAGGUCAGUCUGCCGAAGUUCAAUGAGACCUUCCUGACCAACCUGCAGAGCCUGAAGAAGCAGAUCAAUGAGAGCGAGUGGCAGAGCUUUGAGUCCUGGAUGCGUUAUUGGCUGAUCUUCCACAUGGCCCAGCAGAAGCCAGCAGGCCCCACUCCCCAGCCAGCCGUCUUUAAUCUUCGAAUGACAGCCUCUCAGAUCCAGACCAAAUGCCAGCUGGAGUCGGCACCUGGAGGACGGAAGAUCGGUUCCUUCAAGCCUCAGUGUGACGAGCAGGGCCACUACAAGCCCAUGCAGUGCUGGCACGCCACCGGCUACUGCUGGUGCGUGGAUGAGGCCGGUACCCCCAUCGAGGGCACCACCAUGCGAGGCCGCCCCGACUGCCGCAGAGGUGUGCCAUACGGCCGCAUGAUGGUUGCACCCAGGCCCAUGCAGAAGACCCUGAGCAUGGAGGAGCUGGCCAAACCUUGAAGCAUUAAGUUUCUCUCAUUACCCAAUAUUUGCAGACAUGAAAAGCUCGCUUUCUGAACCUGAAGCUGAUCUGCAACAGCAGCAGUUUAAAUUCCCAAUGAGUUACUCUGCGUAUAACCUUGAUUCUUGUAAUUUUGCUUGCUGCAAAAUCAGAGUGCUGUUACACUUUAGUUCUUCAAGUAUUUUUAAUUUCUGUCCUUUGUAACAGGUACAUUUGGGGUGUCUUCUUUUAAUAUACAAUAAAGAAAAUAAAGAAGUGCUUCAAUCAGUUUAUGACUAAAGAUAGCUUAAAAUGCUGGUUCACCCAAAUUGCAAGACUUGGAGGUUAUUCAUAUUUCAUCUGCUAUGUUUUGAGACCCUUCCAUUUUUUUCUCUUGCACAGCACAAACCAGAUAAGUGGAUGGUUAUUUCUGGUGCAUGGAUGGCUGUUAAAUGAUGUAAUUAGGCAGAAAGAGAGUCCCCUGUCACUCGAUUGACAGUCCAAAAAAUGUUCAGCUUUCACAGCUUUUACAGUUUUCAGAAGUGUUAACUGUAGGGUUUGUGGGUCAUUCAAAAUAUAGGCGGCUCUGUUUUUAAAGAGAAGUUUCAGUUCCUUAAAAGUUAGCAAAGUACCUAGAGAGCACAGAGUUUUAUGAUUUGGUUGAACCCAUCUUCUGGAAGGAUGCAGGCAUUUAAAGUUAUUUUAAAGGUGUUUGUUUCAUAAAAGCUUAAUAAAGAUUGCCUAUUAAGACUUUGCAUUGCUAUACGUAUUCCAUUAUGAGAUUCAAUGAGAGCUUAAGCUGUUUGCUAAAUAAAUGCAGAAUAAAACAUGAUUAGACACAGCGACCGGUGUCAAUUGGUCAUGGAUUAUUGUUGCAUGUUUUUUUACAGGGAUUUUUUUUUACUCUCUUGUAUUAGCUGUGCUGCCCAAACCUAAACUAAUUUCUGUGCAUGGAACUUUAUAAAUGUAAUUUUUUACUUUUAACUGUGAAAAGAUCAAGGAAAAAGGUGAUGGUUGUUUUUUGCUUCUGCACAGCUCUCUGGGAAAAGUGCAAUGAUGCCCUUGUCCUCGCCUGUCCCUUUUAGCCUCUUGGCUGCUUUGGUGGUUCCACUCCAUGCUGUGUUGAACUGUUUAUUGUGCUGACACAUCAAGCAACAUGCCAAAACGCAGGAUUCAGCAUGAUGUCAGGGUGUACUUCAGUGGUGCAGACACACAGGGUGAAAUGGAGCCUUACAAUCAGCAUGAAGAUGCUCACGCAUGUGAAACAGGAGAGGGAGCUGUAAAAACAUCAGUGGUGACGCUCAAGCUCACUGACAAUUUGGAUAUGAAACCUUAGCCACGGUGGUGUGGCGUGGUGGUUAGCACCGUAGCCUCACAGCAAGAGGCUUCUGGGUUCAAUUCCCCGGGGCAAGGAACUUUCUGUGUGGAGUCUGUAUGUUUUCCCUGUGUCUGCGUGGGUUUUCUCUGGGUUCUCCGGCUUCCUCCCACUGUCCAAAAACCUUUACGUUAGGUUGAUUGGACAUUCCAAAUUGCCCUUAGGAGCGAGUGUGAGUCUGCAUGGUUGUUUGUCUUUGUGUGUGGAUGGACAGGCCGACCGUCCAGAGUGUACCCCCCCUCUCGGCCAUUAAAUACUG